AUGGGUGAUGCCAAACUCCUGACGAGACGUAUUGUGAAGAAGACCUACCAGGAGGCAGACCGACUGCAUGUGCAACGUCAGCAUGCAAGCAAAUAUGCCAACAAAGCGUCUCGCUUUCGGCGAGAGCUGGCACCGACUAGCGAAUUCAUGCCCAUUAGCGAGACUGAGUUCAACAUGGCUAGUGCGAUCGCAUUGGCGGCGGCUUGCGGAGCACUGGCCUUGGCAACUUAUGCGGCAUGGCGACGUGGUCCGUAG